CCUGGAGACAUCCGCCCCCUUAAACAAGAAGUAAAAGAAAACAAGCACAUCUUAGCUGUACUCUACUAUGUAGGAUUUACGGAAGAGUCGUCCCAGGCGUGGCUGAGGAACUUCCUUCUUGUACAGAUCAAAAAUGACAGCGACUCUGCGCCCCUACCUGAACGCCGUGAGGGCCACCCUGCAGGCAGCCCUCUGCCUGGAGAAUUUCUCUUCUCAGGUGGUGGAGCGUCACAACAAGCCUGAGGUGGAGGUCAGGAGCAGUAAGGAGCUCCUUCUUCAGCCGGUGGUGAUCAGCCGUAAUGACAAGGAGAAAGUUCUCAUAGAGGGGUCCAUCAACUCCGUCAGAGUCAGCAUUGCUGUCAAGCAGGCUGAUGAGAUCGAGAAGAUUCUUUGCCACAAGUUCAUGCGGUUCAUGAUGAUGAGAGCUGAGAACUUCUUCAUUCUGAGGAGGAAACCAGUGGAGGGAUAUGAUAUUAGCUUCUUGAUCACCAACUUCCAUACAGAGCAGAUGUACAAACACAAGCUGGUGGACUUCGUCAUCCACUUCAUGGAGGAGAUCGACAAGGAGAUCAGCGAGAUGAAACUGUCUGUUAAUGCCAGGGCCCGUAUUGUUGCUGAAGAAUUCCUCAAGAACUUCUGAUGACGGCAUUGUCUUUUGCGACUCUCCAAGGGCCAAUCAAAAUGUGAGUGGGAACCUAAGGAGGGAACAGCCAAUCAGAUGAGAUAGUUGUGACCAAUCUGACACCCUUUGUGUCCAUAUUAUAUAUUUCCUUGUAUUCAUGGAUAUCAAUUCCUGUAUAUAAUGAAAUAUUUACCAGUUUCAUUUUUAGCCUCUGAACAAAUCCCCACACAAAGGCGGGUCCUUAAAGUAUUAAUCAAAGUUGAUAGCCAUGAAUACAGGGGCACUAAGGAUUUGUUGUUGCUGAUUAAAUGACCAGGUUUUUGUAUUGUCUAACAGAGUCUGUAUGUUCUGUCACUGUUGCUUCAAAUUGGUCUCCAAAGUUUUGAACAUAAAUGUCUAUGGAAGCGAUCUGUGUGGCAUUAAAUCACAAAGUGAGACUCGUCUCUAAAGUUGCCACGGUAACUAUUGUAAGAAAAUAUUGAAAGAGAAAUAAAGUCACUUGUUUAUACUCGU